AUGCUGGGAAAUGAUAGUACGGCCACAUCUCCUACUGACGAUGCCUCCACGCUUGCGCUUUCACCGUACACGCCCAACAACCCAUCUGCCACGAUGCGGACCGGGUGUCUGUCAUGCCACAAAGAGGGCGUUCCAUGCAAGCAUCAAGCAACAUCCGAGGACUGGAGGAUCAACCGCGACGUCGCAUGGCAGUGGCAUGGUACCUGGCGGGAGCGACGAGGUCUCCAUGUAUUUGCUGGCUUCCUCACCGCGCCGGGCGUCAUGGGUUUCUUUGAGUCGCCUUUCUGGCAUCGAGCCGUGAUGCUGGCGUGUGACAACAGUGCUACAAUCUUCCACCUCGCUUCCGCCAUAGGGUCGUUAUACGAGCAUGCCUUGAAGUCCGCCGCCGGGUUUGCUCAUACCGACAGACGAGCCGUCCCUUUUGCUCUGGAGCAAUGCAACAGAUCGAUUGUGCUACUCACUCGUGACGAGAGCAGCAACGCAGAGGUAUCCCUAACAGCUUGCGUGCUCUUCGCCUGUUUCGAAGCCUUGCAAGGAGAGACCCAGCGAGCAACUGUACAUUCUUUGCAAGGCCGAAAGCUGCUGAGGCAUCUUGAAUUUCUCGAAGCAACAGGUCAAACUAUGGGUCUCGUCAGGUCCGAAGACGUAGUUCCUGUCAUCAGCUCACUAGAGAUGCAGGCCAAGACAUUGCAAGGCACAGCAAUGACCAGGUCGCUGACUGCCCCGGAACCGCCCUUCCCAGAUGCUUCGUAUCUUUACAGCCUAGAUCACGCCAACGUUGCCUUCCACCACGUCUACGCUCGACUGCUGGUGUGGGUGCAGGAGUGGUAUCUCAGCGGGAACCUUCAUGUCAUGACGGUCCUCACGGCGGAAAAGCGAGCCACGUUUGCGGCCUGGAUGCGUCAGUGGGGUAAUUCCUUUACUGAACUCCUUUUUCGGCUGGGCCAAGAAGACAAUUUACCACCCGGCGACGUCAACAGGGCCAAGAUUCUGGAAGCCAACCAUCUGACAGCAAGUAUGAUGUCCAACGCAGAUCAGACAGCGAACAGGUCGGUGUGGGACGAGUAUGAAGACUCCUUUGCCACCGUCGUUGAACUGUCCGCUUGUGUACUGGCAACCUUUCGUCUUGACCAGCAUCCGUCGUUGGGCAAAGUCCAAUUCCCGUUCCUGACUCACGGUCUCUGGGUUGAUCAGCCGUUGUUUAUAACCAUGUCGAGGUGCACGAAUCCAGAGAUACGCCGGAAAGCCGCGGGCUUGCUGUUUGGAGAGCGGGACAGGAAGGCGGGAAAGAAAAAGAGAAGCGUACAUGAGGUGGACGAUUGGACUAUGGACCAGUGGAUUGACUAUGCGGUUAGAACGAGGAUGGACUCGGCCAUGGCUGCUUUCUUUGGGGGAUUCGCUGUCGAGAGUGUGGAUAUCCCUGGGUUUGACGCAAAUUGUGCGUAG